UGGUGGCACUUCCGGUGCCGUGGGCGCACGCGGGCGCUGCGCUUCCGGUGCGGCGGGGAAGGCGACUGCGGUAGGCUUUCACGGUAACGCGAGGUGCCCACGGCUUGCCCCGGCAGCAUGAAGCCCAGGCCUGCGUUCGUAGACGGGAAGCUGAAGCAGCGGGUCAUUCAGUACCUCACCAGUAACAGAUGUGGCAAAUAUGUGGACACUGCAGUAUUAGCAUCUGACUUGCAAAGAAUGUACAGUGUAGAUUAUGGCCGGAGAAAAAGAAAUGCUUUUAGGAUUCAGGUAGAAAAAGUAUUUAGCAUAAUUAGUAAUGAGAAAGAACUGAAGAACCUUAGAGAAUUAGAAGAUGAACAUCUGGCAAAAAGAGCAAGACAAGAUGAAGAAGAUGAGUACACUGAAAGUUAUUCUGAUGAUGAUUCAAACAUGGAAGAUUACCCAGAUCCACAGUCAGCAAACCACAUGAACAGUUCCCUGCUGUCUUUGUAUCGGAAAGGAAACUCUGACACUCCAAAGUUGGAACCUCGAGAAGCCACAACUUCAACACCAUUGCUGACUUCUAAAACAGACUCCAUGCCAUUGAAGACCCCUGCCAGAGCAUCUGAGGGAGCAUGGUUUAUUGACAAAACCCCAGGUGGAAAAAAAGAAAGUCUUCCCUUGGACCUCUCUGAUGACCAAAGCAAUUAUAAGCAGCCAGAUUCUGAGAUACAGAAUUUAAAAGAUUCUUCUCUUCUGGAAAGUGCUAAGAACAGGAAAGGAAGGCCAAAGGGCAAAGGAAACAGAAGAAAGACAGAGGAUCUUGAAGAAGUAGAUGGACAAGUAGAAGCCACUCUGCAGAAGAAAGCUAAAGCAAGAAGUAUAGAGUUGCAGAUUUCCAGUGUGAAGUUUGAAGAUGUUGGAGGCAAUGAUGCAACAUUAAAAGAAGUCUGCAAAAUGCUUAUACACAUGCGUCACCCAGAAGUUUACCAGCACCUUGGUGUUGUUCCACCUCGUGGCGUUCUCUUGCAUGGGCCGCCAGGCUGUGGGAAGACGUUACUUGCGCAUGCAAUUGCUGGGGAACUCGACUUGCCAAUUCUGAAAGUGGCUGCACCAGAGAUUGUGUCAGGAGUUUCUGGAGAGUCUGAGCAAAAGCUCAGAGAUUUAUUUGACCAAGCUGUGUCAAAUGCACCCUGUAUUGUUUUCAUUGAUGAAAUUGAUGCUAUCACCCCCAAAAGAGAAGUUGCUUCAAAAGAUAUGGAACGAAGAAUUGUAGCCCAGCUUCUAACCUGCAUGGAUGAUCUGAAUAAUGUGGCAGCUACAGCUCGAGUGCUAGUUGUUGGAGCUACUAACCGACCAGACUCGUUGGAUCCUGCUCUGAGACGUGCUGGAAGGUUUGACCGAGAAGUAUGCUUGGGUAUCCCAGAUGAGGCUUCCAGAGAAAGAAUACUUCGAACUUUGUGCCGAAAACUGAGACUUCCAGAAACUUUUAAUUUUUGUCACUUAGCACACCUAACACCUGGCUUUGUUGGUGCUGAUCUGAUGGCGCUUUGUCGAGAGGCAGCCAUGUGUGCGGUCCACAGGGUCUUGAUGAAGCAACAGGAGCGGCAGCAGAAGAGUUUGCCUGAGAUGGAAGGCUCGCCCCCUAAAGGAGCCCAGGAGGAGAGGCCGGGAGCUGAGCCCAUUUCUGAAACACAGGAUGACUUGCAAAGGCUAUUGAGGUUGCUAAGAGACCAAGAUCCCCUCUCAGAGGAACAGAUGCAAGGACUAUGCAUUGAAUUAAAUGAUUUCAUUGUUGCUCUAUCGGAAGUCCAGCCUUCUGCUAAAAGAGAAGGAUUUGUAACUGUCCCUAAUGUGACAUGGGCCGAUAUUGGUGCCCUGGAAGAUAUUAGAGAAGAGCUCAUAAUGGCAAUAUUGGCACCAGUACGCAACCCAGACCAGUUCAGAACUCUUGGUUUGGUGACUCCAGCUGGCAUCCUACUAGCUGGUCCUCCUGGUUGUGGGAAGACUCUGCUGGCAAAGGCUGUGGCAAAUGAGUCUGGACUAAAUUUUAUAUCUGUCAAAGGCCCUGAAUUAUUAAAUAUGUAUGUUGGAGAAAGUGAACGUGCCGUGCGACAGGUCUUUCAGCGGGCCAAGAACUCAGCACCCUGUGUGAUAUUUUUUGAUGAAGUGGAUGCUUUAUGUCCUCGAAGAUCAGACCGAGAAACAGGUGCUAGUGUCCGUGUGGUGAAUCAGCUGCUUACAGAGAUGGAUGGGCUGGAAACACGUCAGCAAGUUUUUAUUUUGGCUGCCACUAAUAGGCCAGAUAUCAUUGACCCUGCCAUUCUGCGCCCAGGCCGGCUGGACAAAACGCUCUUUGUAGGUUUGCCACCCCCACCAGACCGUGUUGCCAUAUUAAAGACUAUCACAAAAAAUGGCACCAAGCCACCCCUGGCUGAAGAUGUAAAUUUGGAAGCAAUUGCCAAUGACCCUCGUUGUAAUUGCUAUACGGGCGCAGACCUCUCUGCUUUGGUACGAGAAGCUUCUCUCUGUGCCCUGAGACAAGAAAUAGCAGGACAGAAGAGUGCAAUUGGAAUUGGAGCAGGUGAACUCAAAGUCAGCCAUAAGCAUUUUGAAGAAGCUUUCAGGAAAGUAAAACCAUCUAUAUCAGUAAAGGAUCAAAUGAUGUAUGAAGCUCUACAGAGGUCCCUCAGUCAGUGACACCUGCAGUACCUGGCAUGGAGGUGUCUAACAUGGAACCCGCCAAGAAUCACACUCACUCUGAAGGGUCUACAUUCAGCUGGAUGCAAAUGACCUCAUUGUAAGCAUUUUAUUUUCAAAUUAUUGAGGCCCAAAUGGAGAUGAUGUCUCCCAUCUGGCCAGCUUUAUAGGAAAACUCCCUACCUCAAAAAAAAAAGAAGAAGAAAAAAAAGGACUGAUAAAGCAAGGCCUUAUUCAAAUAAAAUUUUAUUUUGAACUGUCUUAAUCGUACAUAAAAGUUACAAAAAACUGUUUUCCUGAGAACUGGUCACCUUACAUCCCAGGUACAUAUAUCGGUUUUGUGUAAAUCAGAAUGGUUUUCUACAUAACCAACCAUCAAAAACACUGACACAUGUUACUAUGUAAUUAUCAAGUUCCAGUCUAUCUUUUUUGGCUGCUCUGAUGUCCUUUAUAGUAAAAAGAUGUUUACUAUAAUUAAAUUAAUUAAAAUUAGCUAUUCCAGUGUGUUAAGUCUUCUAGUUCCCUUAUAGUUUCCAAAAGUUUUUGUUGUUGAUUUUUUUAUUUCUGUUUGAAGACAGUUUCUAUGUAUCCCUGACUGGCCUAGAACUUACUAUUUAGCAUAGGCUGGCCUCAAACUCCCAGAGACCCACCUGCCUCUGCUUCCUGAGUGCUGUGAUUAAACGUAUGUGCCCCUUAUCCUGCUUUAAUUUACAUCUUUUUAAGUACUUAAGACCAUCACUAUGGUCACUUGAUUCAAGUUCUGACAGGAUUCAAACACUAUAGAGUUACUCCUCCUCUUCCUUUUUAGCUUAAACCUACUUAUACCUCUUAACCUCUGUUGCUCCCUCACCAGAUUCAGAGUCUAAUUUUUUUCAGUGUAUUAUUCAGUAUCAUGGUUUGAUCAGAUUGUGUCUUUAAUGAAUUUCUAAGCCGAUGUUUUAUAAGAGAUUUUAUGUUAUGAUUAUUUCAUCAGACCAUUCAAGUGUUGUGUAUCUUGUGUAAACAGGUCUGGUUACUUCAUUUUAUCCUAUCUCAUUCAAGAAGUCUUUGAGAUUCCUUUUAAGAAUGAGACUGAUGGGACUGGAGAAGUGGCUUAGUAAUUAAGACUACACACUGCUCUUUCAGAGGACCAGGUUUGAUUCCCAGCUCCCACACAGGCAGCUCCAGGGGAUCCUGCUGCACUCUGGCUUCUACAGGCACCUGCUCUCACAUGCAUGUUCAUCCCCACCCCCACAUACACACUUUGUAAAAAAAAUAAAAUGUAUUUUUAUAAAAACAAUGAAAUUGAUAAUGGAUUGACGAGAUGGUUUAACAGGGUAAAGGCACUUGCAACCAAGUCCUACAACCUGAUUUUGAAACUGGAGACCCAUAUGGUAGAAAGAACUAACUUCUAAAAGUUAUACUCUGACCUCUGUGUGUAUGUCUAUCUCUCUCUCUCUCUCACACACACACACACACACACACAUAAUAAAUUGGAAAGAUAUGACUGAAGUAAAAUGAGGAUUACAAAGGUCAAGGAGAUUCCUUUUUCUUGAGGACUUCAGAGAAGUUGAUAGGUACUAAACAGAAAGACAUUGUCAGGGAAGGACACAAAGGAGGCCAACAGAGGCUAGGAAAACAAACCAGGAUCGGUAGAGGCAGAUGAUUGAGAUGAUCAGGAAACUAGAGGAAAGCCAGGAAGCCUUAACUCGUGGAUCCAAGCAGUUGAGUCUGAUGCUGUACUUAAUAGAUGCCAUAGGAAAACAACGCCUGGCAUUUCAAAGUUCUUCCUGGCAACUGAAUGUUGGGGCUAAGUACAUUCUAUUUCUGGUACCCUGAACAUAAAAUGCAGAUUGUAUAAGAGGUGACCACCAUGGUACAUUUUGGAUAUCAGUCAGUCCUGGGCAGAAAAUAAAUUCCAACAUUUCUAAAAAUGAUACCUUUGAGCAUGUGCUGGACACUGCUUGACACUCUUGUGUGCUCCCAUGUGGUGUUCUCAACUCACUAGGAUGUGCUGACAUCCUAUUUUUUUAGUCUACAUUUUAUACAAAUGAAGAUUGGGAAAAAACAAAGAUUGAGAUUUUGCUAAUACUAACAACCUAACUUCUAGUCUGGCUGUCUAACUUUUCCCUGGUGAAAAAGAUCCAUUCUGUUUGGAAACCUCUGGAAUUGCAUGUACUGUCCUCUCAUUGUCAAAGAUUUAACUAUCUUAAAUACAUUUUAUAGCCAAGUGUGGUAGCAUAUGCCUUUAAUCCCAGCACUUGGCGUGUAGAUGGAUGGAUCUCUCUGUUCCAGACAAGCAAAGGCUGUGUCAUGAGACUGUCUUAAGAAAUAAAGUAUAUUUUGUGUCAGACACUGCUGACAUGAUGAAGGA